GAGUAGUGAAUUACCAAAAAUAGAAGAAGUAAGAAGUAAGAAGCAUCGCUUUCCAAAUUAUUUGAUUUUAGUCACUGUAACAUUCACGUUAAACUUUCCAAUUUGAUUCCUUCUUUCUUUCAACAUCAACCAAUUUAUAGCACCCAAGAAACAAACAACUUCCUCACUUCUUUCAGCUGACCCUUACAGUUUUUCAUUGAUUGAUUCUUUUUCCUCCCCUCAUAUUUCCAUUUCUUGAAAAUCAAUCACUUUGUUUUCUUGUUUAUUCCAUAUUUGGGGUUAUUGGGUAUUAUCAGUAUAUUGCUAAUGGUUUUUUUCUUGAUUAGGGUUACUUUUGAAAAAAAAAGGGUGAAUCAAAAAGUUUGUUUUUGGGAUUUUCUUGGAUUUGGGUCUUAUGUGUGUUGUCCAAAAUUGAGUCUUUUGUUCAUCUGAGUUGUUUGGAGUAUCUGUUGGCUUUUCUUGACUUGGGUCACUGUUGGGAAAAAGGGGGUGAAUCAAAAAUUUUGAUUCUUGGAUUUGGAUUUGAUGGUAGUUGGUCUAAAUUGAGUCUUUUGUUCAUCUAAGUUUUAGGAGUAUUUGUUGGCUAUUUCCUUGGAAGUUUUGAAUUCUUGAUUGUUCUUUGAAGUGGGAAUUGUGAUUUGUAUUGUGGUGGAUUAAUGAGAGUUUGAAGGGGAGAUUGAUUUUGUGUUGUGAGAGAUUGUUUUGUUCAAUGGCUUUAAAAGAGUUGAUUGAGAUCAAGUUUAGGCUUGCUGAUGGCAAUGAUAUUGGACCUAACAAGUAUACACCGAGCACUACAGUGGCUUCUCUUAAAGAAAAGAUUAUUGCGCAGUGGCCUGAAGAUAAAGAUUCUGGGCCAAAGACGAUAAAUGAUGUGAAGCUUAUUAAUGCUGGAAGGAUACUUGAGAACAAUAAAACACUUGGGGAAUCCAGACUUCCAGUUGCUGAAGUUCCAGGAGGUGUCAUCACUAUGCAUGUUGUUGUACGCCCACCUAUGAACGAAAAAGCCCGUGAUAAACUGCAGGACGAUUCCCUGAAGAAAGGUGGAUGUGCAUGCACAAUCUUGUAAUCUGUCUGACCGGAUAACAGAAUUACUCCGGUUUAGUAAUAUUACUUAGCUCGUGGAUUUUUCAGUAGCUGAUCUUUGGAUGCAUUAAGAAGUAUAUUGAAUGUUACUCAACACCAAGAGGAUAUCAAGUGACAAAAUUUGAAGUCCCAUUUAUCAUUCAAGCCUUUUGCUUUUUACCUUUUAGAUUUCAGCUUGGUAAACUUGCUUAGAAGCUUAAAAGGGAUUUGGUGCAUUGCUGUGUAAGGAACUUCUGUGGAAAAUAUGAAAAUUUUCUUCCUUUUCUUGGGGUGGGUAAACAAGGGAACAAAAAGAAUUGUUGACGAUUAUAGUUGGUUUGAAUUCAUUUAAUUUGCAAUCCUAUAGUUACUAUGAACCUACAUACUCA